GUACCUCUACCAUGAGUUGACGUAGUUUUGACAUCUUACUCUACUACAGUAGUAAAUGUGAGAACGCAACUACAAUAGAUGGCUUCAAUGUUCGUACCAUGAGAUGUUUUGAUGUCAACUACCCUCGCUAUAGUUGAAUCUAUAUCGUUCGUAGUAUCGUUCACUAUAUUUCCAACUUCAACUAUCGUAGUUCUAACUCUUUUUAUUCACAUCACUUAGAAAGAGAGAAAAGACUGUUUAUGUUUCAAAUCUAAAUGGUGAUAUUAACCAACAAAAAAUAUAAUACAUCGAUUACACAUUAUUUGGUAUUAUUGUGAGCAUUUUAAAUUUAUUAGUAUUUCUUUGACAUUGAUUGUCAGCCGGACAUUUUUGUAGCAUGUUUGUUUUCGUGACAUACCGGGAUUGCGAAUACAUUUAUUCUUACCUAAAUAAUAAUUGUUUAAAAAAAUGCCUAAGACAAGUGCAACCCAAUUCGAGAUGAUGGUAGAUUUUAUGGAAAGAAAUGGAGACCUUAGCAAACCCACAGAAGGGCCAAGUGGGAGACUAACUAAUUUAAAGACCUGGUCUGAACUGGCGAAUAUUUUAAAUGCCGAUGCCGCAGGAGAUACCAAAUCUACUGACAAAUGGAGAAAGGUGUGGAGUGAUUUGAAAAAUAACACAAAAAGGAAGGCAGCUCGAAUUUAUAGAGCUGCAAGUGGAACUGGUGGUGGGCCAGCUACAAAAUUAAAACUAAGCGAGCUUGAGGAACGAGUGCUCAAUCUUGUCGGGACUCAGUCAGCAACCGGAAUUACGGAGGUGUCGGAAAUUGGCUUAAACCAGGAAAUCGUCUCAGAAGAAAUUGGGCCAGCUACAUCACCACCACCAGUUACCCAACACGCAUCAGAAGCUUCAUUUCAGUGGAAUACCCAACCAAUAGAAUGUGGUGAUGUAGCACUUGAGCCUGCCAUCUUAAGUGCAUCUCAACCAAAAGCCAGCCCGCCUCCAUCAAACCCACCGUCUGUGCGGGUUUCUCCCAGACGACGUGCCAGACAGCAAGUGAGCUCACCUCCAUCGCAUCCACUGGCAGGGUCAGUACGGGGUACUCCCAGACGGCGUCGGCGAGUAGUACGAGUUGCUACUUCCCCUAUCCGUAAUGCUCGCCAGCCAACUCAGUCAGAAAUAUCUCGCCAAAUAUUUUUGAACUGCGAUCGUGAGUGGCGCGCCUUCAUGGAAGACAGGGAACGCGAGCAUUUACGGAUAAGGGAGAUGGAACUGCAACAGCAAGCUCGAUGGCAAGAGCUAUUUCAGCAACUGCUCCAAACAAUGAAUCAAGCGAUUGAUAUUUUUAAAAAUAAAUAA